AUGGGUUCCAUGUCCUAUUAUACGAAUGCUUCUAACAGCACCGGCUUCGAUGUCAGCAGACUUACCACUCCAGAGAACCUCCGGCUAGCGGCAGCUGUACUCCCAGCAAUUGCGUAUCCGUUACUUGCCUCCGGCGUAGCCCAUGUGAUGCUCGUCUGGUCGGCCGCACUGAACUUAUGGUCGUACCACAAGCAAGCUAGGCUGUAUAUUGAGGGACAGCCUCAUCUACACAUACACGCUUGGCAAUUUCUCUUAACGAUCCUCUACUUUUUCGUUGGUGGAGGGAUUGGCAAAAACGGGCCACGCCAAGCCCGACCAAAGGACACCUUUCCCGGUGUCCUACUGCUAGUCAUGCUCUUUUCGGUUUGCUCUUGGGCGUAUGCUCUCCCCAGUAUGGAGGAAUUCGACAUGGCGUAUUUUACGGGACUGGACUUGGGCCCUAUUACGAAACUCUGGACGAUUUCAAGCUUGGUCUCUAUUCCGGUCUGGUUCAUGUUGCUCGGUAGACACUUUGCAGUACUCUUGUCUCGACUUACCGCGCGCCGCGUCUCCUGGCUAUUCCGGUUCUACCAAGAAGACAUCGAAGCCAACGCCAAGGCCUAUAUUCCGUACACUUUCGAUGAUUUCCUUGAUAAUAUCAGAAAUCUGGAAAGCUUAAGGCCUGAUAUCGAUGACAGUGCAGCUGAUAUUGAAUAUGGCGCAACUCUUUCCGGAAAAGAUGGCUUGUUUGAGCGGGAUGAGGUGCUGCGAUCUUUUUCUACCCCGGAAAUGAUUACUUUAUUCAGGGACACGAUUUCCAUGCUCCUUGUGUGUAUCACUAUGUGGAGCCUGGUGGUUUACCAGUUUUAA